CGGCUCGGCUCGGCCGGCCUGGGUUGGGUGAGGAGGAAAGCGGUGACGGCGAGAAGGAAAAGGGCUGGGAACAGGGAGGCGCCCCGGGCAGAGUCUCUUCUCCUGCCUUCCUUCCUUCCUUCUUGUCUCAAGAAGGCCCCGGCGACCACCGGAGCUCCGCUGCGGGCAGAAGAGGGUCCCCCCUGCCGCCGCCGCCCGGCCUGCACCAUGUUCAGUGUGGACAGCCUGGAGCGGGCCGAGCUCGGCGAGAGCUUGCUGACCUGGAUCCAAACAUUUAAUGUGGAAGCACCAUGCCAGACAGUAGAAGAUUUAACCAAUGGAGUUGUGAUGGCUCAAGUCCUUCAAAAGAUAGAUCCAACAUAUUUUGAUGAAAACUGGUUAAACAGAAUCAAAACAGAAGUAGGAGACAAUUGGCGACUGAAGGUGAGCAAUCUGAAGAAAAUUUUAAAAGGAAUUUUGGAUUACAAUCAUGAGAUUUUGGGGCAGCAAAUCAAUGAUUUCAUCCUUCCUGAUGUCAACCUGAUUGGGGAGCAUUCAGAUGCUGCUGAACUUGGAAGAAUGCUUCAGCUUAUUCUAGGUUGUGCAGUCAACUGUGAGCAAAAACAAGAGUAUAUCCAGACCAUCAUGCUGAUGGAAGAGUCCGUUCAGCAUGUUGUCAUGACAGCUAUUCAGGAGUUGAUGAGUAAAGAAUCUCCAGUCUCUGCUGGAAAUGAUGCUUACGUUGAUCUUGACCGUCAGUUGAAGAAAACAACAGAAGAAUUGAAUGAAGCCUUAGCAACCAAAGAAGAAAUUGCUCAGAGAUGCCAUGAACUAGAUAUGCAGGUUGCUGCACUGCAAGAGGAGAAAAGCAGCUUGCUAGCGGAGAACCAGGUCUUGAUGGAGCGUUUGAAUCAAUCUGAUUCCAUAGAGGAUCCAAACAGCCCAGCAGGACGUAGACAUUUACAGCUACAGACACAGUUGGAACAGCUUCAAGAAGAAACUUUCAGGUUAGAGGCAGCAAAAGAUGAUUACCGAAUUCGUUGUGAAGAGCUGGAAAAGGAGAUUGUAGAACUGCGGCAGCAAAAUGAAGAAUUAACAAAUCUGGCCGAAGAAGCUCAGUCUCUGAAGGAUGAAAUGGAUGUGCUAAGGCAUUCCUCUGACAAAGUGGCUAAAUUAGAAAGCCAGGUUGACUCGUACAAAAAGAAACUUGAAGAUCUUGGAGAUCUACGGAGACAAGUGAAACUCCUGGAGGAGAAGAAUACAAUGUACAUGCAGAACACUGUAAGCUUAGAAGAAGAGUUGAGGAAAGCCAAUGCAGCCCGCAGUCAACUGGAAACAUACAAGAGACAGGUAGUUGAACUCCAGAAUAGAUUGUCUGAAGAAUCCAAGAAAGCAGACAAAUUAGAGUUUGAGUACAAGAUGCUCAAAGAAAAAGUAGACAGUCUGCAAAAAGAAAAAGAUCGGUUAAGGACAGAGAGAGAUUCCUUAAAAGAAACAAUUGAAGAGAUUCGAUGUGUGCAAGCACAAGAGGGACAGCUUACUACUUCAGGAUUGUUGCCACUAGGAGGUCAGGAGUCCUCAGACAGUUUAGCUGCAGAAAUUGUUACCCCUGAAAUCAAGGAAAAACUCAUUCGUCUUCAACAUGAAAACAAGAUGCUAAAGCUUAACCAAGAAGGGUCUGAUAAUGAAAAGAUUGCCUUGUUGCAGAGCCUCUUGGAUGAUGCCAAUCUCAGAAAGAAUGAACUCGAGACAGAAAACAGGCUUGUAAAUCAGAGAUUGCUUGAAGUACAGUCCCAAGUUGAAGAGUUGCAGAAAUCUUUACAGGAACAAGGCUCAAAAGCAGAAGAUGCUAUUUCUAUCAUUCUGAAAAAGAAGCUGGACGAACAUCUGGAGAAGCUUCAUGAAGCUAAUAAUGAGCUUCAGAAGAAACGAGCUAUAAUUGAAGAUUUAGAACCUCGAUACAACAAUAGCUCACUCAAAAUAGAAGAAUUGCAAGAGGCUUUACGUAAAAAGGAGGAAGAAAUGAAGCAAAUGGAAGAACGCUACAAAAAAUAUUUGGAGAAGGCUAAAAGUGUUAUCCGUACUUUAGAUCCCAAACAGAACCAGGGGUCAGCACCUGAGAUUCAGGCACUGAAGAAUCAACUUCAGGAACGGGAAAGGAUGUUCCAUUCUUUAGAGAAAGAAUAUGAAAAAACAAAGAGUCAAAGAGAAAUGGAGGAGAAGUUCAUUGUCAGUGCCUGGUAUAAUAUGGGGAUGACUCUUCAUAAAAAAGCAGCAGAGGACAGACUUGCUAGUACGGGUUCAGGACAGUCCUUUCUGGCUAGACAAAGGCAAGCCACCAGCACAAGAAGAGCUUAUCCUGGCCACGUCCAGCCAGCUACAGCCAGGUAGAGGAAGGCCUUGCCUUGCCUUGCCUUGCCUUUUUUGAAGGGAAGCCAUCAUGGGAUCAAGACCUACUUUGAUUACAAGUGACAGCAUUUCAGGAAACUUAGCCAGCAUCUUUUCUGUAUCUUUGUUCCUACAUUAACUUCUUGUUUCAAGAAGGUCUUUUUUUUUAAAGAAAAGUUUCAGAGUGUUAUUAAUUCCUUUCACUCUUAAUUUUUUGAGUCUUUCUAUUGCCUUUUGAUGUGCCAAAAUGUUGAAAAAACACCAGGUGGAGUGUAAUCAUGGAAUCUCUUCUCCCCUCUCUAUUUGUACAGAAUUGUCAUCUCUUGCCCGAAAGCCAGUGGUGGCUCAGUAGAGAACAUAAGAUUUCCUGUUGGUGAAUGAUGUUGCCAUUCUUUCCAAGGCUACCAUUGUAUAAAGGGAAUUAUUCUCCUUUUCCUUCUCACUCUAAUCUGAUUGUUUAAAUUAUGUAAUACAAUUCAUAACAGGGCUGCACAGGAUUAUUGUGAAAUGCAUUUGUUGCAAAUGUCUGGAUGCUGGCAGAAGUUGCAAGUACCUGAUCAGAUAAUUUCUUAACUUUGGCUGUGGUUACUCCUUCCCUUAGCUUUAAUUUAGAGAGGCAGGCUAAUUGUUUGCCUUUCCAUGUACGUUUUGUCUCUUGUCCUUUCAGGUUUAAAUGUUUUGAAGAGUUGGUUCUAUUCUUGGUUGAUACGAUUAAUGGAAACUAGCAAACCUUUAUUAAAUGGUCACAACCAUUUACUGCAUUUUUGUCUUCCCCUCCUGCAUUCUAACCAGGUGGAGAACUGGUCAUCCAUACUUUAAGUUGCAAUGAGAUGUUAGCAAAAUUUCUCCAACUGCUAGGAAAUCUCCAGAACUGCAGGCACGGUGAUCUUUACUUGCUGUGCAACUCAGUCAUAAAGAUAGAGAAAAUUCUGAACUACAACUGUGUAGGAAACAGUCAGCUGAUUCCCCUUCCUUGAGAGAUCAGGUCAGAUGUUUUUGGCAGAUGUUGACUUUGAAUUGCUAUCUACCAGUGGUGAUUCUUUCAUAAGUUAAUGAGAAAGAGGACAGUUAAUUGCCUUUCCGAUGGUACCAGUGUCUUCAAGCAAGAUGCGUCUGACCUGAAAAAGCACUCUUCUUGUGUGCCAAAUCUUAAUGCGUGCCUAUGCAAUUACAGGUCUCUCUCACAAACAGAUUCUUAUCUUACCAGAUGUUGAACCCUAAAUAUUGAGCCAUACAGAUGCUUUUUCAAAUUGGUGUUUUAAGUAUGUGGGACUACUCACAAUGAGCACAUCUGCUUGGAUUCACAACUAAGAAUAGCUUGGAUGUUCAGUGUCAUAUUUAAAUAUAUAUUUUAGUUUGCCUGACUUUUGACAGGCAAAUCUUACCUCCUUCCAAAGGUAGCUCAGUUUAAAAGUAUUCCAAGAAUGUAGGCAGCAGAGGUGCAUUUCACUUGGAAGUGCAUCUAGAUUAUAUUAUGAUGGUUAGGUGUAAAAUGUUUAACCCUGCACCCUUUUUUUUCCUUUUGCCAGAAUGCACAGUACAAAUAUUAAUUUAAAAAAUGGUGUCUGUCUUUAUUCACCAUUACCCUAGCACAUAAAAGGAGCUGUCAGAUCCUGUAUGUGAAGGGUGAUGAUAAAAUGAAAUGUAUAUUUGUUAGUCUUCUGUAGUAUAGUUUCAGUGUUUGGUGAAGUAGACCGAUAUUACCCCACUGUGCAGAAAAUAAUGAUGAUUAUAAAAACCUGAGAAUAAUUGACUUGCUACACUGGCAAUCUUUCCCUACAGCAGCAAAAGAGGAGAAGGAGCUAGAAAAGAUUGAGGAUGAUUGCUUUGUAUUUUACAUGCAUAUCUUCAAAGAAAAUAAUUAGGAGGGCAUCCUGUCUUUUUAUGCCGAUUGGACUGGUUAUUUUUUGGUAUGAAGGGGCAGCGAAGGGGCAGCUGCUAGUGUUAAAUAGACUUGUUUUAGGGUAAAGCCUGAAGCAACCAACACUUUGCUACAGGUGUAGCAUUUUUAAUUUUGCCAGCUGUCUGCUUCUAUACAUAGAUGAAAUACAUUAUUUAGCCAGAGAGAUAAAAUGAUCCCUCCCACCCUCUGCAGCCUAUUGUGCUAAUCUGAUAAAACUGUCCCCAUUAUUUAGCUCUGUAUCUGAAGGAAACUCAGAUACAACAUUGGUUUUAUAGUUGAAUCCACCUGUUCCUCUGUUUUGCUGUCUUUACUGGCUUUCCCUUUUCAGUUGAUUGGUACUGGAAUUUUCUUCUAUUUUUCAUUGCAUCUGUUUCUCCCACCUUUUUCUGUGUUUCUCAUCUAGCAUGUAUGCACUGCUUUUGCACUUUGGCUUAUUUUUGGCUUUGACUCAAGUGGCUGGCAAAGUCACCCUCCAGUGUAGUGAAAUGUCAAUAUGCCAUUCUUCAUUUUUGUGUAGAUCCCUUGAGAACUGAAUGUGCAUACUUAUAGAUCAUGAAAAACAAUGCCAUGCAACCAUCAAGAAAAUAUCCAUUGGAAGUUAAUUGCACUUAAGUCCUAUUGAAAUUAAUGAGACAUUAGCUGCAGUAAAAUUAAGAGAUGCCAUUAAUUUCUAGACAGCUUAAAUGUACCGGACAGACCAGAAUACUUUUGUUUUUAUGCUAUGUGCAGAUCUUGCUGUAAAGGCAGAAAAAAAACCAUCCUUUAAAGCUAUGUCUCUGGGGUGGAAUGAAAAUAAUCCAUAAACACUUAAUGCCCAUGCAUUUUUAAAGAGCUUUUCAGAAUUUCCCAUUGGUAAAGUAGUGUUAAUGACUGGUUUGUACUUCAGUAUUGCAAAAAUAUGUAUUCCAUAGACAUAUGGGAUGUCUAGACAUGUGCAAAUCUGUCAAGUGUAAUUCCACUCCCCCUUUUUUCCCCUUAUCAUUAAAAGUUCAUUCUGUCCUCUUUCUGCAUCAAAUUUAGAAUUUGGGAUAGGCUUUUGUGCCCGUACUUGAAAAAUAGGACUUUGGCCAAUGGAAGGUCAGAUUCUGCCAACAUUAGAUCUAGAAGUACACUGUAUUCAGUGGAUAAUGACUGCAGUUAAAUUUGAUAUUAGAACAUAUGGGGAACAUCCAAAAUGUGUAUAUCAGAUUCACACUUCAAAGUAUGUAAAAUGUCAGAGAAGGUAGCCAUGUUAAUCUGCUGCAAAAGCAACAAAAUCCUCUGACUUUUCAACACAUUUUAUUAGACAUAAAUGUUUAUAGAUCGUAGCCUCACUUAGAAGUGUGCUACAGCCCACAAAGUCAUCUGUCAAAUAAAUCUUGUUAGUAUAUAAGGUGUCACAAGACUCUUUUCUACAUUAGAUCAAAACCAUACACUGAUUUUAUAAUUUCCUAGUACACCGCAUAGGUGAUAUUUCUGUUUUCAUUGUCGAAUAUACUUUAACAGGAAGGUUUAAUCAGAUAGAGGAGGAACAUCCAUCUUUUAGCCAUGAGAGCAGACUAUAGCAAAGAGGCAUAAUUUGUUUCAAAUUGGUUCAUACACAGAGCAAAUUCUCGGCCAUAUUUUGUGUAAUGACGAAAUGGGUUUAGGCACUCCACGCAGGCCAAGGUAAUGUUCCAUAUGAUGUGUGUUUCCACAUGCAUCUGUGCCAGGUCUGCAUGGGAGAGAAGGAAGGUUGUGCUCCAUCUCUUUCCUUGCAAAGAGAAUUGACAGCCAGGGAAUUGACUCACUAUAUCCCCAUUGAUUAGGAUGCAAUAUUCUAUUUCAGUGUGAUUUCAGCCAGCAUUUGUUAUCAUGUGCUGAACGUCAGGCCAUCUGCACUGUAUAAUUCAUCUCAUUGUCACAAAGAAAUUAUAUCUGAAAAUGAUUUUCUUGGUGUAAAGACUGGCUAGAACUGUCUCUGGUUUGUUCCUUUUGAUGAGUUGGAACAGAAUAGAAACUGAUCCAUCUUUGAAAAUCAGAAUGCAGGUGAUGACAUGGCCCUAGUCUUGAGAGCUCAUGCAAUAAGAAAUCUGUUCAUUUUAAGUGCCACUUGUGUGUGGUGCAGCAGAUUAAUUUGAGUAUUCUUAAAAUGUUGCAAAUGUCCGUUUGAGUUAGACACAACAGAUCUGUAGCCUGAAAAACAAGGGGGGGUUGUCAGGAUUGAUGUGGAAGAAGCAUAUCAUGAGACAGAGGCCUUCCAUUAUCUACACAAUGUGAUUUUAACUUCUCCCAUUUCAAGAUUGCCUUUUUUCUUUUUUGAGGGGAACAUAUUGAAUGAUCAUAUUUUAUUUGCUAUCCAAUAGGCUAGGGGGGAGGGGAAUCAAUUGCCAAGCAACCAGGCAGAGAGAACAUUUAAAGUGGAAGAGUGUUGGUCCAUUUAGGCUCUCAGUAUAUAGGAAACCAGGCUACUAAACACAUGUUGAGGCUAAUAAUUUACAGAGGUAAUCUCAGCUCUUAAAUGCAUUUAUACAUAAUGCUUGGAUCAUUUUCAUUGCAGUAGGAAAGUUUCAGCAUAUAAAAUUUGGUGGUCAGUAACUAAGCAUCACAGAUCUGCUAAAUUUCUUCAGAGGACUCUGGCUAAGGUGAUGGCAGUUGCAUUUCUGUCUUUAACAGACAUCUCAACAGGAAUGAAACAGAGGCUGCUUCUUACCUCCAUUUGCAGUGACCCAUCCUGCCUUUUGCAGUCUUCAUUGGCUUAGGGUUGUUCAGUACAUACCUUGUCUCCGUGUCCAUAAUGUAGAAUCAAAAACUGUAAGCUAGCAUUCCUGGGUGCCUGUUUUCAAAGAGCCAAUUUGCUUGGAAAAUAAAUUUUUCUCUAGGCAUGACCUUGCCUUCUUCUGUUGAACCCUCCAGAGUAAUAAAUCCCUUAAUCCCUCUCAGACAGCAAGACAUUGAAAUGUGAUAUUCAUGUGUACUAGAGGAAGGAUUCUCAAGCUCCUGUAGCACUUAAUAUGUUACCUUGCGUUGCUGCUUCUGUUACUACAAUUUGCAUUCUUUCUUAACAGUAUUAACAUACAUUGCAAGUCUUUUGCAACAUCUUCCAUUUGCUGAACUAGAAGCAUUUUAAAAUGUAUUUUAUAAAUGCACCUUUGUUUACUGCUAUUAUUUUAAAAGUGCACUAAAAGAGCCACAUUGUUCAGUACUAUAUAUGUAUGUAUGUAUGUAUACUUUAAAAAAAAAAAAACCUUCCAGGAAAGUAAACAAGAUUUCCUCUUGGAGAAAAUACAUAGGGAGUGGUGCCUGACCCCUUCUCCUUUUUUAAUAAUUUAAAUCUCCAAGCCUUGACACACACUAUAUGCAAUAUUUUAUUUAUUGAUUUUGCAUACUGUCUUAAUAUAUUUACAUCCUUUUAAUGCCUUUUUUAAAAUCUCCUUUAGCUGACUUGUACAUUUCCUUUUGGAGGUCUCGUUUUUCACCAUUAUAUAUUCAUGUACAAGCAGGCUCCAGAAAGGAACAUGAAUGGAGGUCAUUAAUAUAAAAGGAACAUUCUUCCUGGAUUUCAGUGUUAUAUGUGAUACAGAUUGCUGGUUGAGUUUAUCUGUAUUUAUCUUGAGUUCCCCCUUCAACCCUGUCUUUUAAUUCCUGUCAGAUUGCACUAACACGUCUGUCUUUCUUUACAUUAUGAAAUAUUACUAUUAUUCAUGUACAGUAUGUUGACAGUAUAACUUGGAAUGCUAUGUGCUGCCUUUUUAAAUUUUAAAGCUGCUGUUUUUCCCUAUUACACUCUUAAGUAUCUGCUUGUGCUGCUGUAGAUUCAGUUUUGUAUUAAGGCAGAUAUAGGAACCGUGGCAAUAUGAUAGCAAGCCUGAGGGUAUAUUGUUUAGUGAUUGUGUUUGUAUCAUUACUGUUACCUCUACCAUACCACACUGUGGGGAAGGGGCCUAUUAUAACCUCUGGUCUGUUACUUGUGGUGUGGGAGAGACGGUUUGAGGAAGAGAUAGAAGGUGCUAGGCUAGCCGUCAGCCUUGUUUCUUCCAAAAUGUCAGUAUAUCCCAUUGCCUGGGCCAUCCAUCCUUUGCAUCCUCCUUGCCUCUUAGUUGGCAGUCAACACCACUUAGGCAACAGCAUUUGGCUUGGAUGCCUUCAGCUAUUUGUCCCCACUCUGAAGCCAUAACAACUGUCCGCAUCAGGGCUGGAGAAUAUGCAGCUCUAUAGAUGGCAAUGAUGAACUCUUUCUUGUUAGCUCCUGCGAGCCUAGGCAGUGAUGACAGUAGCAGUAGUUUGCCAGCAUGUGGGGAACAUUUGGAGGGCCACAGAUUCACCUGCCCUGCAUACUCAAAUGAAGAUGAAGGGACUAGUUUUAGUGUGAUUAGAAGAAAUCUUCCAGCAAAGCUGUACAAUGUCGUCUAAGCUCACUCUUCUGAAUUUUGAUGGGCCUAAUGGGAAGGGGGUGUUUUGAGGGGCAAGGCUUGUGCCUCAGUUAUGGGAACCCACAGAAGCAGAAUUCAAAAUGUGUGGCAUAAGCCAUGGUUGAACGGAUCUGGUCUGUGUUAAUCUACAUCAAACACUAGUAGGUCUGUUAUUGUAGGUAGGUAGAAUUGUGUCUUCAGCUUGAUCAUUCUGAAUGAAAGACUAGUUUCUCCGCAUUUCAGUAUUCCUUAGUUGCAUGAUAGCAUGGCAGUCCUGGGGUAAGGUGCAGCUCUUCCCAGCUGUUUUGUAAAUAGAACCAUUGUGAACGUUCUCUUCGUUCUCAUCAUUAACACUGUUCCAACAGGCACAAAGGAGAACAAGGCAGAACUGGGGGUGGGGUAUCCUCCUGCAAGCUCCUGAUGAAAGUACUGUAGAAGGCAACAAUUCCCUGUUGCUCCCUGAAAUGUUUGUACCCUCCUUUGAAAUAAAUUCUUUUCUUGUAGGGAAGAGUUGCUGAUAGGAUACAGGGGCUCUCUUUGGUUGCUUACGAUGGUUGCCUUUAGGUGAAUGGGCUUGUUUGGGCUGGCAGUUGUGAUAGGGCCGUUGGGGUAGUUUAGCAUUCAGCAUUAAACUGUCAUGGGGAGGUUGCCUGAAGUAUUUGGGCUACCUCCAAUGAUGAAAAUCAAUAUCCCCUCCCCACCCACACACGCAGCUGCCUCCUUUGCAUAUAUUUUCUGUUAUUCGUUAUUUGUAAGCGAGUCGCCUUGUGGCUAUAUGGUAUGGAUGGUCUGGAGGUUUUGUUGUGUAUGGAGGUUUUGUUUUUUAUUUUGUUUUUGUUUUGCCUGAUCGUGACACAUUUGGCCUGAUAACAAAAUUGACCAGAGGUUAGACGCUGCUUGGAUCUGCCUCUGGUCCCCCCCCCCAAAGCCCUAAAAACAUUAUAGAUCCCUUGAUAAAGUAGAGGAAUGUGAGAUUUUGCUUCUAACCUCCAGUAGGCAUGGGCUGUCUUGGAAAUGGUUUGGAUUUCCUUAGUGUCACCAUUCUUGUGUGACUGCAGAUUUCUGAGAUUCUAAGCAUGUUUUCAACAUAUCAUUUUCUGUGGGUUUAUGUAGUAUUCAGUUGCCACUCUUCAUUUUUGCUAUAGCAACUUGUUUGACUGUCCUAAACUAGGUGUUGACUGGUUACCAAAAUCAGUUUGUGAAUUGCCAAGUGAUUUUUUUUCUGUAAAAGAAUUAAUCCCUAAGGCCACCAAAUAUUUACCUUUCCACCCUUCUUGCAAAUGAUUUUGUACCAUGUUGCCAUGGUAGUGAUUUUAAUACAUCUGUAUAUGAACAGUAAUAAUGGACUUAAGUUUAGACAUUUUGUUUCCUCCCCUCAGUUCAAAGACAAUAAUGCUUCCAAGGCUACAAAACUAGUGUACAGUUGUUAAACAAGUUGUAAAUAAAUGCUUAUAUAAAACUU